AUUCCGCGCUUACACAGUAUGGCCGGCGAUAUUAGCUAGCACUCGCCCACGGUAUUCUCUGUAAAAGGGAAGACGGUAAAACAAAACAAGGCAACUACAUCUGGACUGCUCAAGGACCGCAACUAACCUAAUAAAUUAUAACAACCAACAAAGGACUGAUUCACUGGGAUUCCAUCCGACGGUUUAAUUUCUGUUUUUGGAGUCUGUUUGUCUCGCGAUGGAAGAGAGCAGUGCACACUUCUUCGAGGGGACCGAGAAGCUCCUGGAAGUGUGGUUCUCCCGAGAAGACCAAACCAAAGGAACCGGAGAUUUGCGCACUAUCCCCCGAUUUGAGUGGGACAAACUUCUGGAGAAUGUGCAUUGCUUGAUUAUAAGUGUGACAAAGACUGACAAGCAGGAAGCUUAUAUACUCAGUGAGAGUAGCAUGUUUGUCUCCAAGAGACGUUUCAUUUUGAAGACAUGCGGAACCACCCUCUUACUGCAGGCACUGGUGCCACUGCUGGAGCUGGCUCGUGAGUACUGCGGCUUUGAUGCCAUCGAGAAUUUCUUCUAUUCUCGUAAAAAUUUUAUGAAGCCCACCCAUCAAGAGUUCCCUCACCGCAACUUCCAGGAGGAAGUCGAUUUCCUCAGCCAGAUUUUUCCAAAUGGAGCAGCCUACUGUAUGGGACGUCUGAACUCGGACUGCUGGUAUCUGUUCACGCUGGAGCUGCCGGACUUCUGCGAGAACAAGCAGGCGGACCAGACCCUAGAAGUUCUGAUGAGUGACCUCGACCCAGCGGUGAUGGACCAGUUCUACAUGAAAGACGGUGUUUCUGCUAAGGAUGUCACUCGUAUGAGUGGAAUUCGUGACCUGAUUCCAGGUUCAGUGAUUGAUGCCACAAUGUUCAACCCUUGUGGAUACUCCAUGAAUGGAAUGAAAACAGAUGGAACUUACUGGACGAUUCACAUCACCCCCGAACCAGAGUUCUCCUAUGUCAGCUUUGAAACCAACCUCUCCCAGACGUCUUAUGACGAGCUUAUCCGCAAAGUCGUGGAUGUCUUCAAACCAGGGAAAUUUGUGACAACACUUUUUGUCAAUCAGAGCUCCAAAUGUCGCAGCGUUUUCUCUUCGGCUCAGAAGCUGGAGGGGUACCGCCUCCUGGACCGCCAGUUGGCACACUUCAACGACUACAACUUCGUCUUCACCAGUUACACCAAGAAUCAGCAGCAGAAGCGGAGCUGAACCUCCGAAAUGAAGAAGCGUAAAAAGAAAUCCCGCUGCCGCGAGGAACAACUCUGCGGCCGGCGGUGUUUGUGCGUGGAUUCUUCUGGCUGUAGAUCUUCCCUGAGUUUAACAUUUAUGCAUUCUUGUACCUAUGACGUAGAUAUCGUGCAUGAAAGCUCUUCCCGUGUCUCUGUAGAUAUUCUAGCCCAUUCUUGCUGUGAUCUUGAAGUGCAUGUAGAGUUCUUGAACGUGGUGGUGGUGUGUAUGAGGCAUGUCACUCCAUCCCAGGACAUGCAGCGUUCCCUUCCCUUCCUGCAGGUGUCCCCUCGCAUCCCCCACAGACAGGGUUUCCGACCUCACUAGACAGGGACCCUGACGUGCUCCGAUCCGUCUCGUUUUAUCAUACACACCAGUGUUUUGUUUGAGUUCAUUGGUGUGCGUAGAGGUGUUUUUGGGCAGGGUUUGAUUUGCAUUUAAUUUAAUACGUGGCGUUGGUUAUUUAAAUCGUGAGUUUUUCGCUCAGUAUGUGUAUGGAAGACCGUUUUCGCCACUGAAUAAAAAAUAAAAUGAGGUUAUUGCAAGCUUUUUUUUCUCAAAAUUAUGACUCCUCAGAAUCGCGAGUUAUAAAAUUGUCGCAAUUCUAAUUUUUUUCUCGCAAUUACACGUUUAUAUAUAUAUUAACUCACAAUUCUGAGAAAUAAAGUCACAAUCCUUACAUUUUUUUUCUCAGAAUUGUGAGUUAUAAAGUCAGAAUUGACAUAAGUUUGUUGCCUUGUUUUAUUUUUUAUUUAGUGGCAGAAACGGGCUUCCAUAGUCUUCAGCUCAACUGUGUGUAGCUAGCGAACUACUCUGACAGUGAAGAAGUCCUGAAAACAAACGUUAAAUAUUCCUCCAUCAUCUUAUUUUCUUUAACCCUGCAGGCAGCUGUCUUUAUUCUGUGUAUUAGAGAAGUGAGCGUUUCAGAAGUUGAGUAACUUAACUGCCGUCUUCGAUGUCGACAGCCUGCUCUUCUUUUAGGGACUGUUUUGGAAAACAGUGCUUGUUUCAAUAAUACGCAAGGUUAGGUGGUUAGGAUUAAACUGAACUCCCUUCAUCAGCUUUACAGGUGGUCAGCUUUAUUAAAAAUAUACAGAGAAGUGAAUGUUACUCAACUGUUGCCUUAAGUGUCAAGAACAUAUACUCUGCAAUAUAUAACCAUUAUGGUGAAAGUCAGCUGUUGUCUUCCUUUCCUCAAAAUCAAAUGGCAUUUAACAUGAAUGUAUUACAAGUAAAAAAAAAAAAAAAAAAAACAUAGUUAAAAGGUGACAAUAUGUUCUAUAAAAAUAGUUGAUUUUUCUGAAUAAUGUAACAAAUGCAGAAGUGUUGGAGAAAGAGAAUGGUGUUCUUUGCCUUCCGUCCGUCGUUGGUGUCAUUGUGAAGGACCCUGGGGCUGUCCAGCACAGAGCCUGCGCAGUGCACACCUUUGAAUCGAAACGUUUGGACAGACACUUUGCAAUAGUGUGCCGAUCGCACAGCAAAGCAUUUUUCUUUUUCUAAACAAAAUGAGUUCUCUCUCUUUCCUCUACAGAAGCCGGUGAGCACACAAUAGGCUUGCACUGAUCUGAGCACGUCAGGGCUGACCCGGAUCAUUCCACACCCCACGCUGCACAGAGCCAAGCACACUUUUCUUUUCUUUUUUUUUUGCAGUAGAUUUGUACUCCUCUCCAGAUCAUGCUCUCUUUGUGCAUUGAGAAAAAAUAAUUUUUCACAUAGUGACCUGCAGGAUAUUAACCGUGCAGUGUCUCUGCUUUAGCCCUUAGUAACGUGUUUAAUUUCUGUUCGUACGACUUAACAAACUUUGCUGAUAGCUCCUGAGUGUGAUGAACAGGGAGUUUUAUUUCGACGGAGUAGCUGUUACACGCAGCUGGUGUAGUUGAGAGGACUCGGAGAAGGACGUGUUUGUUAUGAAGCAGAUCGCUUCCUGAAAUCUUGAUGUGAAGGUCCUUCCUCUGAGAGAAUCUGAAAACCUCUCUACAGCAACCAGUGGGUCUUAAAUGUGGCUCUGCCAUCGGAGAGGUCAAAGGGCAGCUGGAUGUUUACAGUAGUAGUUCUGAGGCGGAAAACAAAGCAAUUAAAUUUGAUUUAUGGGGACAAUAUAGGUGUCAGACGUGGAGAAAUAACACGAGUAUGAUCGCAUAUCACACCUAGUGUUUAUCCGGUGAAGGGGUGGUGGUUUCAAACGUGUUUCUUCUUUUUAUUUACACCGUUCUCGAGUGGAGGGGGAGACACUGAUGCUGCGGACCAACUAUAUAAUCUAUUUAUUUUAUUAUUUUUUUUUUUUCUGACCCUGUUCUGAGGCGGGGAGGGACCUUUUCAGGCUGGUUCUGUCCGGCCUGUGUUGGUGGGUAAGGAAACUCUGUAGAAAGGGUUUUCACAGGAAGUUGGGAAGGGGAAACUUUGCUGCUCCAAUUCUCUUGCUAUUUCCUUGGUUGGUCAAGAUGUGCUAAAUAUAUCUGUACUUAAGAGCUUGAUGCUUUCAAUAAAGUUCGUAACUAUA